GAUCAGAAUUUCCCCUUUAUUUCAAGAUUUUAAUAUUGAAAAAUCAAACAGAAAAACCAAUAUAUAUAAAUAGGCAAGAUCCAACUAAUUGUCAUAUUAAUACAUAAACUGAAGCAAAGCAGAAAGCAAGAAGAAGCUGCAGCCUCGCUACCGGUCGAUUUAGUGUGUAGUCAUGGCGAGGAAGAUGCUAGUUGAUGGUGAGCUGAGCAAACCAAAUGAAGAGGAGGCCCACUAUGACUUCGACUUGUUUGUUAUUGGGGCUGGAAGCGGUGGUGUUCGUGCCUCCAGAUUUGCAGCUAAUUUCGGAGCUAAGGUUGCCAUAUGUGAGCUUCCAUUUCAUCCCAUCAGUUCUGAAGUGAUUGGAGGAGUUGGUGGAACAUGUGUCAUUCGUGGUUGUGUUCCCAAAAAGAUUUUGGUGUAUGGAGCAUCUUUUGGAGGUGAAAUUCAGGAUGCCAAGAAUUAUGGGUGGGAAGUGAGUGACAAAGUUGAUUUCAACUGGAAGAAACUUUUGCAGAAAAAGACGGAUGAAAUAGUUCGAUUAAAUGGCAUAUACAAGCGUUUAUUGUCGAAUGCUGGGGUUAAAUUGUUUGAAGGAGAGGGUAAGCUGGUUGGUCCCAAUGAAGUUGAGGUGACCCAGCUAGAUGGCACUAAAUUGAGCUAUUCAGCAAAGCACAUAUUGAUUGCAACUGGCAGUAGGGCUCAUCGACCUGGUAUUCCUGGUGAGGAAUUGGGUAUAACAUCUGACGAAGCAUUGAGUUUGGAGGAGUUGCCUAAACGCGCCGUGGUGCUAGGGGGAGGAUAUAUAGCGGUCGAGUUUGCCUCAAUAUGGCGUGGGAUGGGCGCUUCUGUGGAUCUUUUCUUCAGAAAGGAACUUCCAUUGAGAGGUUUUGAUGAUGAAAUGAGGGCAGUUGUUGCAAGGAAUCUGGAAGGUAGGGGAAUUAAUUUACACCCACAAACAAAUCUGACAGAGUUGAUAAAAACAGAUGAUGGCAUAAAAGUUAUCACAGAUCAUGGUGAAGAGCUGAUAGCGGAUGUUGUGCUGUUCGCCACUGGUCGGGCUCCCAAUACAAAGAGGUUGAAUUUGGAAGCCGUGGGUGUGGAACUUGAUCAAACAGGAGCUGUAAAGGUGGACGAGUAUUCAUGUACCAAUGUUCCUAGUAUAUGGGCUGUUGGUGAUGUUACAAACCGGGCUAACCUUACCCCUGUUGCUCUAAUGGAGGGAACAUGCUUUGCAAAAACAGUUUUUGGUGGGCAACCUAGCAAACCGGAUUACAGAGAUAUACCUUGUGCAGUUUUUAGCAUACCACCUCUAUCUGUGGUGGGACUUAAUGAAGAACAGGCAGUAGAACAAGCCAACGGUGAUUUAUUAGUUUUCACAUCAACCUUCAAUCCAAUGAAGAACACUGUAUCCGGACGGCAAGAAAAGUCGGUUAUGAAGCUUGUUGUUGAUGCUGAGACGGAUAAGGUUCUAGGAGCAUCCAUGUGUGGGCCAGAUUCACCUGAGAUUAUGCAGGGCAUUGCUAUUGCACUGAAAUGUGGAGCAACCAAGGCACAAUUUGACAGUACAGUAGGAAUACACCCUUCUGCUGCAGAGGAAUUUGUGACCAUGCGUUCAGUGACAAGGCGUGUUUCUGCGCGUGGCAAACCAAAGACAAAUCUGUAAGGGCGCAAACAUUAGGAUGAAAGAGGAAUAGUAUACAAGAUCUGGAGGAGACAGUCCUGUACUCCCAAGCUUAGGUAGUCCUUUCAAAUUGGCUAUUGGAAUGUAGACAAUUGGAAAUUGAAAAUGGUUGGAUUUUGUCCCAAUAAAAGUUUUUAACAUUUCUGAAUAGAGCAAGAUAUGUUCUAAUGAUUCUUGAAGAUACAGCUUCUUUCAUUUCUCUGGCUUCAUGUGAUGCGAAUUCAUGUAGGCCAUGUUUGAUUACAUGAUAUGAUAUCUGUAUUAGUUUUGUGAUUUUAUAUUCUCUGCUGCUGCUAUAUAUGAAAUAAAGCCUCUAUUUUACU